ACUUCGUUGCAUGCGUCGACCAAAGAAAAUCACAUUUUGAAAAAACUGUGAACCAUUUCUUUUCGUUUCGCUAUCCUAUUUGAGACGUAAAGGUCCAAAAAUUUUAUUAUCUUAUGGAUUUUGAUGGUGUCCGAUCCCCUCCAAAGCCUUCUUUCCAUGUUCCAACCGCUCUAUAUACGAGUCCUUUGUUGGAUCUCACUCCGGAGAAGAAAGCAAUCGGACUCAAACAAAAUAAAGAGAGGCAUUUUCCAUUGGUUUCCUCUGAAAACGAUGCAGGUGAAGGGAAAGAGAUUCAUGCAUGUCUUGCUCAGCCAUCUAUGAACUCCACGAAACGAGUCAACAAGAAACUACUGGCUCUAGAGGAAGAGCAGUUUAAUCCAGCUGAGGCAAUAGCUAAGAAACUUGAACAGUCUGAGAUCACCAGGUCAAACCUUUGUGAAAAAGUGGCUCAAGCUGUCAAUGUGAAGAAAGGAGAUAACAUUUACUCUGAUUUGGUUUCACUAAAUGUUGAUGCUGAAGAUGCAUUUGCUGAGCAUGCGCAUGUCAGAGCACGAAGCAGUGCAAAAACGUACAAACCUCCCUUACAGGAGCCAGACAUAAUGGCUUUCUUUUCUGAGGAGUUUGAAACACAGUCAGCACAUUUUGGUUAUGAUCUGUUCUAUGUAGAGGAACCUUUGCCAGAACCAUCAGCAGCUCCAAUAUCUCAUGUGUUUGACUUAUAUAAACAUGUAAAAAGCUGGCAGGAACAGUAACUUGAAUAAUAUGCCUAGUAAAGAAUACUAUUUUACAGAAUUAUUAUGGAUACAAGAGUCAGAUAAAUUAUGCAAAAAAAUUUGAGCAUUAUCCUUUUCAACCCUUUAACUUCCAGAUCAAAUUUGUUAUUCUCCUUACUGUCAACCAUACAAUUCUUAUAAUGUUAGUGCUGAGAAUUUAGUAUUGGAUCAACCAAAUAUCCCUGAAUCGAUAUUAUUCUUUAUUCUCAUCACUUAUCUGGUUGAUAUUGUAUUGAAUUUGUAAGGAGAAAUUCUGUCUUGGUCACUCAUGGGAGUUGGAGGGUCAAGCAUCACCCUGAAAUGAUGAAUUAUUACAAUAUUUAUUUUUAGAUUUUUGUUAUGCUCAAUUUCAUAGUUUUCAAGAUAAUAAUAAUAAUAAUAUUUCCUAUCACCUCCAUUCCCCCAUUUCUAUCACCAACAAGAGAGUGGGGUGUUAACAGAAAGGUAGAGAGAAUUUCCUAGGUGUUGCUAAAGUGAAAAAGGCCAGGAUUUGGAACCUGGCCAAGGGCCACACACAAGUUUAGAAUGCACAGGACCUUUUUCUUUGAAAUUGCUUCCCACAAUCUUUGUGAAUAUUCCACCAGACAAAAAGAGUGUUUAUACCCAGACAAAUCUGGUCCAUGAUUCAGAAAGCUUAAAAAAUGAUGCACUUCAGGGGCCAGGUAGUGUUGCAGUGCAAAAUAUGCUAAUAUUUGAAUUAAUUGUUUUAAUUUCCAUUUUAAAUAUUCUAGGAAAUUCAAAGUGUGUAUGCUGGGUAA